GUGGAACGAUGCUCUUGCGCUCCAUCGUGCAGGCCGCCGGCUGGCUCGGCGGGCCACUGCUCCAAGCCUGCCUGCUCAUGAGCUGCGCUGGCUUCCUCACGUAUUACUACGUCGGUUCGAUCGCCGCCUUUAGCCUCAAGGACUUUGCCUUUGUCGGCGUCGUCGGCGCCUCAGUCUUGAUCCACCGGCUCCGCCUCAAGUCCUACAUCGAGCACGACCCGACCGUACGCCUCCUCGAGACAGCCACGCCUGCUUAUGAUCUCGACUCGCUCGAGUACUACCAAGGCGCCCGCGUGCGCUUGGGCGAAGAUGAAGUCAUUGCCGUCCUCUUCUUUGGUACGUGGUGCAAGUCGUCGCGCGUUGCGCUGCGCGAGUUCCAGAAGGUGUUUGAUCAGUACGGCGGCGCGGUCAAGUUCGUGGCGGUCACGCAGGAGGACAAGACCGAGCUGGACAACUACGCGGUUCAUGGCACGAAGGCGAGCUACUUCACGCCGCUGCAGGAGUUUCGGUUUGGGAUUGCGACCGAGAGUGGUGCGCUCACCAAGGGCUACCAGCUUGCCCACGGAAUCUCGACCGUGCCACACGUGUACUUGAUCGGGCGCGACGACUCGAUCUUCUGGCACGGCCACCCGCUGGGCAAAUUCGAGGACGCGACCCGUCGGACGCUCGCCUAUGACUUUGACCGUGCAGCGAAGAAGAAGGCGGCCUAGCCAAGAGGCCAAAACCGAAACGGCCGCGUGGAUCGUUUAAUACUAACGAGCGACCUUGAUGCAUUGUCAACAGA